UGUAUACAUACUGCUUCAUAAUCAAAUAAAGAAUUAAUUUCAGUAAUUGAAUUUAAACCUGGAAGUUCCUACUAAUGAAAUUAGUUUGCUGGAAGCAUGGGUGAUGGUGUGGCUAAGACAGGUGCAUACAAAUAUGAUGAUGGAACAAAAUAUAUUGGCGAUUGGAAUAACAGAGGAUUGAAACAUGGAGCUGGUUCGUUUCUUCUUCCUGAUGGUACACGAUACGAUGGUUCCUUUCAGAAUGGACUUUGUUCCGGUUUAGGAAUUAUUAUAUUUCCCGAUGGAGCAAAAUACGAAGGUGAAUUCAUGCAGGGUUGGUUCCAUGGACAUGGGGUAUUUUGGAGAGCCGAUGGUAUGAAGUUCGAGGGAGAAUUUCGUGGCGGAAGAGUAUGGGGCUUAGGUUUGGUGACUUAUUCUGAUGGGUCGCAUGGGUUCCCAAGAAAUGAAGGAUUUUUUCAGGACUGUAGACUUGUACGUCGUAGACGUUGCCCAGACAUAGUACAAAAAGCGCAGAAAAUUUCAAUGAUGGCUCGUGCGCAAUGUUCUUAAUCAUUGUGUCGUCGUCGUCGUCGUCGUCGUCGUCGUCGUCGUCGUCGUCGUCGUCGUCGUCGUCGUCGUCGUCGUCAUUGUCGUGUUGUAUGGCAGACACGUUAAGGUAGUAUAUGUAUCCUAGGUGUAUAAGAUGUAUCGUGUAUAUGAACAAAUAUCCAAAAUAAACUAUUAGAGGAAAAACUUUA